UUCACUCCUCACACUUUCACUUCAGCUUCACUAGCACUUACUACUUCUCUGAAAGCUCAGCAAACCAGUGGAGCUGAUCUUUUUGCACUUCCAACCUAUUUAUUACCCUUGCAAAUGGCAUUUUUACCAAGAGUCCUUCUUCUGCUGCUCCUGGCAGUUGUUUGUAUUCAGCUGAGUGGAGUUCUAGCUGACGGACCUGACAGGUGCUUUUGUCUGAACACUUUGAAGAAGCGUGUCCCGAAAGAAGAUAUUGAAGAGUUUUCUAUUUUCCCCAAAAGAUCAAAGUGUGAGAACACUGAAAUCAUGCUGACACUGAAACCAGUGAAUCACAAAACUGAUGGCGUCCAGCGCUGCUUGAGUCCAGACACAAAACAAGGCAUUAACCUGCAGCUUUGCUGGAACAGGAAGAACGUCAACAACACCUCCACAUUAAAGAUAUCCAACUGCUUCUAAAGCCAUAAAUGAAGGUGCAGAAGAGCAGGAGAGGACAGAAGGGCGGAUCUAGAAAUCCUGUGAGUGGAAUUCCAUCCUGUCACAUGAACCAGCGCUGGCCAAUCAGAAUCCUGGGAUUUUUGUCUGACCAGGCCCUGAGUGAUGUGUUAGGACUGACUGAAUCACAUUACAUUAUUUCCUUGACAUUAAAUUUUAUAACACAUAAAGUAUAUUUUCAGGCUACCUAACAAAAUAUUUUUGUAAUGCAGGCGACUUUUGUAAUAAAAGCCAAUUUCAACUCA